CCCCAUCCCAAGAAAGUAACUAACUAACCAACAAACUAACUAGUGUCAUGAAUUUCCAACUGUCAAUCAAAGUUAGGUAAAUGAAAGUCUCGCGCGCACACGCGCACACGUACACGGAUACAGGAAGAAGGAACACGGAAGUGAGUGAGUGAAUGCACCUGUUACUGCUCAGUUUCAAACUUUAAACAGCCUCGACAAGAGCUGCGGCGUGAAGCUCCAUUAUGGCAGAGGCUGAGGAGACAACAGUGUCCACAGAAGAACAGCAGCAGCAGGAACAGUUUCUGGAGCCUGACUCUUCGUCCAGCGGCCCGGGUGACAGUCAGCCUGCUGCCCGUGCUGAGUCCACCGAGCCGCGGGCAGCAGCCGCCGUUUCUCUGACUUUAACACCGGACCAGUUCAAAAGGAGAAAGUUCUUCGUGUUGAGGCCUGGCUCUCUGAAUCAGGCCCUCAAAGACAUUGAUGCUCUGGUGGAUAAAGAAGUGGAUGGCACCGUUCACAGCAUCUGGCUGAUGGUAGAGGUGGAUCACUGGAACAAUGAAAAAGAGCGCAUUGUUCUCAUCACAGAAAACUCUCUCCUCGUCUGCAAGUAUGACUUUGUCAUGUUCAACUGCGACCAAGUGCAGAGGAUCCCGCUGAACUUUGUGGACCGCAUCUCACACGGAGCCUUCACCUUCCCAAAGCACUCCCUCAUCCAGAGAGACGGGGAAGGGGUGCGAGUCUUCUGGGACCGGCUGAGAGAACCCUCCUUCAUCUCCAGGUGGAACCCGUUUGCCAUCGACUUCCCUUUCGUCACCUUCACCAACCAUCCUGUGAGGAACGUCAAUGACACGCUCGCUGCCCUCUGCGAUAUUGAGAAGUUCCGAGAGCAGCUCAAGGACGCCGCACUCAGAGCCCAUUCCAUAAAGCCAGUUCCAGGAAAGGCCAACGGAGUGCUGGUCCUGAAUCAGCCACUCUUGAUCGAAGCCUACGUCGGCCUCAUGUCAUUCCUCGGAAACCAGAACAAACUGGGCUACUGUAUGGCUCGAGGAAACAUCGGCUUUUAAACCCUUUUUACUAUUAAUAUCAUUUUAUUGUUAUUUUAUUGUUUUACUUGUUCACAGAGAGUUUAUUAUUCUUGAAUGGGCGACCGAAGAGUUGUCCACAUUCAGCUUUGCCUUUGUUAAGCGCUGCAGCCUGGAUUCCUCAGGAUGAGAGGAUGAGUGUGCUCUCCCCUGCUGCAUGGUAUCAGUGUGCGGUGUCUGAGUGCUCAGAAAUAUCCACAUUUCAACACUGCUCUUCACUGGAUGACGGAUCUCCCGCUGCUCUCAGGGAGCUUUGUGUUUGCUCCUCAGUGAUAUGGUAAUUCAACUCUUUUGCAAUGGGACUCCUUUCUUCCUCCCCCAGUGUUUCUGUUUAAAAGCUCAUUCUCAUGCCAUUCAGCCCCUUAGAGAUUCAGUGAAGCGGGGGGUGGGGCUUAGUUGUCAGUUUAUCAUUUCUUCUGUAUUUUUUACAGUGCAUACAGUGCUGGAAUUUCCCCUUUGAUUUGUGUUUACCAUGAGUUGCUCCACCUUGUUUAGUAUCAUCUGUUUAUCGUGUAAAUCUGUCACAGACAUGGCAACAUAAGAUGACAUGUUUUGCUCUCUCUCCACUCUGUUGCUAUAAAAAAAAAAAGUCUUGUUUUUAUGAUGAUUCCUUUGCACCGUUUUUUUGUUCCGUGCACUAAAGGAGUGAAUUAUCACACAAAGUUUUUGGACUGAAUUUAGAUUUCAGUCUUUUUUGAUGUGGUCUGGUUACAGCAACAGCAAACAAUGAAACAGCUACUGUGUUUCCCGUUAAGUCCUUUUAAUAUGAAGGGCUGCAGUCGUGCAUUAAGAGUAAUUCAAUACAGUGCUAUAGGAAUGUAAGAAUGCAAACAGGGAUGUUGAUAGUGGGGAGAGUGUAAUGCUACAUCAUUUGUCAACCUGGAACCUGCAGAUGUUGGCAGUUAACAGUGGAAAUGACCCAUGAUGCCUGGCACCAUAUAAUGCCAGUCUGAGGUCCCAGCAUUUAAUCUUUAGGAGGGUUUAUUUGCAGGAAAAUGAAUAUACUAGCCAUACUUUAAGUUUGUUUGUGUAGAGUUAGCUUUAAAAUAAAAAUCAUUGGGGUUUUGGACCCUUACUUUAGGCAAAGGCCUCGUUUUAAGUAGGCCGCCAUCUUGUGUGCCAAUGUUUCUGCAGCAUCCAGCCACAGCAUGCGUGUUCUGUAGUGAAGCUUACCACACAAAUGAAAAAGAAGAAGAGCUCCAGUAGCUGAUGUCACGAACUUGGAGCAUACCAAACGACAUGUCGGCCAACUCAUCUUCACCGACUGUAUUCAUAAGAAGUGGAGGUGGUGGAGAGCUGUUGGGGACAAGCAAAGGGACGGACAAUCCUGAGAUGACGGAGUGGAUCACUGCCGUAAAACGCGAGGGGACUUCACAGGCCGUGGAUUCCACUUGUGUAGAGAUCACUCCAUAUCAGGUACAGAAUAAAUGACCUAGCAGUUUUCAUA